GUCACACAACGCUCGGCAGUCCGAAGUAUGGUUUCAGCACAUUGGAGUCACGCAAGUCGCGGCAACGCCAACGUUUUGUACGAAAAAGUUCGCUGCCACUGGAAGGUGGGGGUGGUGGCAGUGGUGGAGGCGGCAGCGGAGGAGGUGCUAACGUUGGAGUCUGCGCUGGCGGCGGCAACAGCUGCAAUGGCGGUGGCAGCACGGGCAGCAACAGUGGCACAGCCAGCAGCACCAGUGGCGGUAGUAGCGCCAGUGGCAGCAGCAAUGGUGUCAAUAGCAGCAGCAGCGCAUCUUCGACUGGAGUUGGCAGCAGCAUGAACGUAGGGCUUGGGACGUCGCUGCAUCAUCCCACCAGCGCCAUUGGCAUUUGUCGCUCUGAAACAUUUCCUGUGCUGCUGGACUGCAGUCAGGGUUCCGGCAUAGUACUUGGCCCAGCGACUGCUUGCGGACGCGCCGUCACAAUUGCGCAAGUGUUGCCCGAUUCGGUGGCCGAUCGCAGUGGUUCCAUACAGAAGGGUGAUCGCAUUGUGGCCAUUAAUAAAAUGUACAAUUUGGACGUGCAGACGAUGCGUCAGUUAUUGGGCGAGAAUCGCACGCUACAGUCACAGAAGUCACAACAAUCGCCAGCAGCUAAUUGGUUGGAAUUGGAGAUUGAAAUCGACAUGGCCGAUUCGGUGGUACCGUCAAGCGGUGUGUACAAUGUUAAGUUGUUGCGCGCGGGCAAAUCGGGACUGGGCAUCAGCGUGAACGGUUCUAGUCACGGUGGUUUUGUUAUAUCCGAUGUGAAACCCGGCAGUCCAGCACAUCGUACUGGGUCGUUACGUGGCGGCGAUAUUCUCUUAGCAGUGGAUAAUCAUCCCGUGCAACAUUACAAUGUAGACUCGUUGCUGAAGGAGAGCACAGCCGCCAUUGAUUUUACUACGCUGACAGUGAAGCGCGUUAUGCUGCCGGACUUUCUGUUCGAUGCGCAACAAAAAAUGCCAAAUCCAAUCUAUAGCAAUUGUGCGGCUAGUCCGAGUGAGCAUGAGCUGUACAGCACAGCGGCAUAUGUUACGUCCAAGUUCAACGAUUGCUUGUCAUUGAAGUCUACGACACCGCAACCAGAUUUCUUCCACACUCCCGGCGGCGCCGGCAGCGGCGGCAUUGAUGACAACUGUAGUUUGCAGUCGGUGCAAAUGCGGCAUCAUCAACAUGCCUGCAAUACUUGGAGCGCCAACACGUCGGCGAUGGGACGUUCCUUUGCAGCGCAAAACACACAAAGUCUUACCACGGAACUACCGGACAAUGAGGAUAACAAUUAUCAGGACUUUACCGGCUACGAUCUGGACCGCUAUGCGAGUGCCGAUUGCAGUGCCUUACCACCACCCAUGGAAAAUAAGGUAUACGGCUCUGCCACGAGCUCGAGUAGCAAGAGCAGCGGCAGCAGUCUUCAUCAGAUUAUCUUCACCGUGCGACUGGAGCCAAAAGGCGGCUUGUUAGGCAUAACGCUUGCCGGUAGCGAGGAUAUUGGCAAGCCGAUAACCAUAAGUGGACUUGUGGAAGGCGGCAUCGCACACAAGCACGGUCAAAUUCAAGUUGGCGAUCAACUGCUGGCCAUCAACGACGAUUCAGUGCAGGGUAUGCCACUGUCGCAUGCCACAAGUAUUUUGCAAAAUCUCAGCGAUACGGUUGACUUGAAAAUAUUGCGCGCGCAUGAAAUAUCAAGCAUUAUGGCGGGUGGGCAUCUAGAUGCUGCUAAUUUGCCACAGCCACAGGCCAUAUAUGCCAAGGUGCAGCGUCGUCCACGCAGUCCCUCCUCGAAUACGGACGCGACUUCGGCCAGCGGCAGCAAAGAUGGCAAGCAUCGUGUCUUCCAUGUGACAUUGAAAAAAGAUAAGGUAUACGAUGAUUAUGGAUUUUCGGUGUCGGAUGGUCUGUACGAACGCGGUGUGUUCAUCAACCGCAUACGCACUGGUGGACCGGCCGAUUUGAGUGGCCUACUAAAGCCGUUCGAUAGAAUUAUGCAGGUGAAUGAGAUGAAAACGCAGGACUUUGAUUGUUGCCUGACAGUGCCUUUGAUAGCAGCGGCCGGUGACAAGAUCGAGCUGAUCAUUCAGCGCACAGAAUGAUCGUGGCGCUUGCCAGAGCAACUGGUUUACAAAUAUAAAUACUGACAAUGCGUGUGCCUUUUUCUAAAGAGUUUAACUGCUCUGCACGAUUUUUUGUUUAAUUACAUUAAUAGAGAAUUUAAGCAAAAACUUAGUAUUUACCCACAAAAAAAAACAACAUGAAAUAAGAAAGUAAAUGCUGAGCUUCAAAAUACCAAAAAGUGUGCAGAACCUAUGCCAAAUAUAAUUUAACUUAAAGAUAAAAACCACUUAAGUACAUAUGUUAAGUUUUAGUAUUAAGCGCUGAAGAAAUGCAAUUUUUUUUGUGAGAAAGCAAAAUACCAAUAAAUUAAAAGAGUAGUACUGAGCAACAUGCCAUUGUGCCAUUGACAUUCUAAUAAAGUUUUUGAUACCAUGAUUUUUUUUUAUGUUUAUGAAAAAGGUAUCUCCUUACAGCUUUAAACAAUAUAAAUAAAAUUGACAAUAAAACAAUCGUACGCACAAAUACAAAAACAUAUAUACAGUGCCGGCCACUUGAAUAGCGCCCAUUUUGUUCGUCAGUACUGGUUUUCUUUUAUUUAUUUUAAGAUUCAUAAAUUUUUUUUUAUAAAAAUUAUAUUUCUGAACUAUAAUUGAGGGGAAUGUGCAAUAUGCGCAUUCACGGUCAAAUGUCGAAUUGGAACUCAGUUGCGUAAAUAAGGCAUUUCCACUAAUUAUAGUUUAGAAAUAAA